GCCUGAAGACUACUACACGAACCAUCAUGAAGUUCUUGAUCGUCCUCGUCGCCGCCUUGGCCAUCGUCUCCGCCAACCCGGACCGUGAACGUCGUUCGCUCGGCUGGGGCCACAAUGGCGCCGUAGUCCUGGGUGGUGUGUUACCAGGCGUGGCGUUAGCCGGACCACUGGCUCCUGCGGCCGCAGUAGUGGGUCCCGUCGCUGGGCCCACAGCCGUCAUUGGGCCUUCCGCGGGCGCCGCCGCUGUCGUUGGACCAGCUGCCGGUUCUGCCGCGGUCGUUGGACCGGCUGCCGGAUCCGCCAUCGUCGCUGGUCCAUCAGGAACUGUUAUAUCCCCGGGAGCUGGUGUUUUGGGACUCUGGUAGAACCUCAAGAUUCUGGACUUGGAUUUUAGAGCUUACAACAACUGGAACGAUCUCCCUCCCCAACUUGCAGCCGAUUUCUCAUUCGACCACCGUUCUCAGGACUUCGAUCGAAGUGCGACGUCACUGGGAUUGAUUCUUCGGGAUAUUCGCGUUCAGCAUCGACGAUUAUAGUGUCCUGAACGGUUUCACGCGGACACGUUCGAGUCUUCGAGGUUCUUGCGUAAAAUGUCUUCCAUGUACUUAGCCAUGCCCCUGUUACGCUUUUAUACGACAAUAAACGAAGCUUGACCGUA